GUUUGAUUAAAUUGAGAGCAGAUUAUAUCUGCUUUUCCAUUUCAGGUUGUUCAUCAUUUUGUACCCCAGGAUGUGCGCAGGGAAAUGUUUGUGAAAUAUUCUUUGACGAUAGAAAAAUGAUCUUCUUUGUUCCAAAAAAAGAAAUACAGCAGGCUAUGAAAAAUGAAAAAUUCUGCAUGAAGCUUCAUUUUUAGAAAACUGACUACACAAAUGAAGGCUCAAAAGAUGUGAGCUUAGCAUGUACAAGGAUGCAACCAGCCUUAUAGAUGUAGUGUUUGCACUGAUGACGCUAAUACCUAUUUACCACUUUUCAUUUUUCAAGGAAAUUAGUUUUAAUUUCGAACCUAGCCAAGAUAAGCGUAUGGAAAGUUUUUUUUUUUCUUAAUCAAGCUUUGUUAAUCACCAAAACCAAGGUAAUAAAACAAAUGUAAAAAAACAGAUUAGAGAAGAAAUUGCGGCAACUUUUUUAGUGGGGCAAUAUUUUCAGAAAUCAGGGUAAGUGAAGAAGGAAUUCUCAUACGCCUUGGCUUAGAAAAACGUCGUUAGGUUUUAAAAAUGGUUGUUGUUGAGGGUCGGUUCCCUUGAUCAAAGAUUCUUCAGAGUACCAAACGGUUUGAUGCUAACUGUUAUACCCCAUGGAGUCUUACACAACAUAUCCUCCAAAGCUAACCGCUGAUCGCUUACGUGAGCUCAUGGGAGACUCACGAGGAAGGAGUAAGGAAUUAAAGCUAUCUACGUUGCAUAAUGAAAAUUAUGAACCAAAACCCAGAUCUUCAAGACUGAAUGGUGUUUGUUGCUGCAAGAAAACGUUUUAAAUUAAUGUUUCGUGGUCUGUCAUCGCCAGCUUCAUGUAAAAGCCAUGUGAAAUGAUAGACGGAGGCGGAACUUUGGACCUUGCAGAAUGGCCAGUGCCUUUGUUCCUGUGGACUUAGACAAACUUUUAGAUGAAUUUGAGGAAAAGGAGCAAGAACCAAAACCAGAUCAAACCAGUGUAGUCAAAGUGCCAACUGUUGACAGAAAGCGAAUAGCUACACAAAGUUUCCAGUCACCAUUCCCUUCAAUCCAGGAAGAGGUAUUGUCUGAUCAGGAAUCUGAAAAAUAUCCUGAUGACAGCAAGAAUGACAUUGAUGAUGACAGUGAUGAUAGUAGUAGUAUUAAUGGACUGAUUAAAGCAGCUGAAGCUAUAACUGAUCAAAAUGUGGCUGGAAAGACUUUAAGAGAUGAACUAGAAGAACUGGAGGAAAGUGUGGUUUACAUGCCUAUUGAUAAUACUUGGCACGAAAAUGCACAGAACUCUUCUGAGAGUGUCCACUCUGCUGGGCAGUUUGACUUGAAUGGUGUGGAGGACACACACUACAAUGCUAGUUCACGUGAUAAUGAAGAGAGCUUAAUGACAACUCUAGCAAGCAAUGAAGGAGUAUCUGAUGGCCAGGAAGCAAGUAGUAAUAAUUUUGAUCAUAAAGACGAACAAAUAAGUAACAAUGAUGAGUCAGCUUUAGACUCUGCAGUGGCAGCAAAUGGUGUUGCUGAACAUAUGCAAGAUGUAGAAUCUAUGGGCUGGAUUGAAGAUACAUCCAGAGACAACUCAGAACAGCCUGGAAAUGAUGAGGCUAGCCAGUGUGUUGUUAAUGAAUUUGUUGUUUCAGAACAACGAGAAACUCAUGAACAAUUUAUGAACAGCACUGUUUUGCAUCCCCAAGAUGGUGGUAUGUCUGUCGAUGAUGUAAAUUUAACAUCUUAUGACCAAGUGCAAAGUGAAAAUCUUCUUGAACCUGGAUUGUCCAUUGUGCCAGUAGUUGAUGCAAAUUUUGAAACUUACCCUUCAGAUUCUGAUCAAAGUCAUAAUGUAGGAACACAGGAUUUUUAUACACAGAAUGAGAAUGCAGAUUCUGGCACCUCUUUUCAAACUGAGCCUUCAAUGACAAAUUCAUAUAAUUUUAAUUCAGAACAGGAGAGUUUUGACACAGGCAAUCAGCCUGCUCAAGUUGAACAUGAAGAAGGUGCACAGUCUCCUGUAUUAACCAUGUCAUUACAGUCUCACGGAGCAGUAGAGGCUCGCCGCAUCACCUCAGGAGAAGCUUGUCUUGGUAGAGUGCCACCCCUAUGGGUGCCUGACUCUGUGGCUACUCACUGUAUGAACUGUGGGUUGAAAUUUAGUGUUCUGAAGAGGAGACAUCACUGCAGAGCUUGUGGAAAGGCUCUGUGUUCAUCUUGCUGUAAUAUGAAGUUUGUUUUACCUUACCUGGACAAUAAGGAAGGUCGAGUUUGCCAAGUCUGCUGCAAUGCCCUCUUAAGAGCUCAGGCAUUAUCAGAAGUGAUGGAAAGCCAAGAGGAUGAUAAUCUCAGAAAUCAUUUUGACAGUGUGCCAGAUGAUUUACUCAUAGAAGAUGUUUUAGAAGAACAUGAAGACUUACCAGCUGACCAGCAAGAGGUCUCUGAAGGUGCAGAGGCCAUAGGAGAUGAACUUGAUUCCACAGAGUUAUCCAGCCCAGGAGACGAUGUGGCCACAAGACCAUCUUCCUCUCCCCCAGUUCUUCCUCCUCUACAAAUCCCAGUGCUGCCACCAACAGAUGCACCCAGCACUCCAUUAUCCACACCAGCAUCCCCUGCUCUGUCUGAUGACAGUGAUUGCUUGUUUCGAUUGGAUGUUGAUAAUGUGCGGUCAUUGUUGCCACAAGAUAUAACUACACUGCCACCAGUUUUGAAGGUUACAAAUGAAGAGAUAUCAAUUCAAGAAAGACCUGAUCCUGCGGAAAUCAUGUAUCAACUGAAAGGUCUUCAUGAAACUGUUGUAUUCCUGCUGAAUAAGAACUUGGUUGUCAAAGUCACUUUAGUGAAAUUGAGCUGUUGUGUGAAACGCAAAUGUUGGUGUUUUGUUACUGAAGGAAUGGGGGCAGCUAACCAAGAAGAAAUGGUGGUCCUGUUGGAGUGUCAUCGUAAAGAGACAAUGCUUCCAAAGGAUGUCCUUUCACACUUCAAUACAGCCUUUGCAUAUGCAAAACAAGGUCACACUGUGUCUGAACUUGGCUACACAAUUUUUGGUCAACCAUUUCUUGGCAGUAGUGACAAUGCAGGCUUUCUAUAUAUAAAACCAUCAUUUCAGUGUUUGAAGAACAUCCCUGUUCCUUCCACUCCUUAUGUCAUAGGAGUGUUAAUAAAACGCCUGGAAUCACCAUGGGCCCAACUGUUUCCUUUAAGGCUGCAGCUAAGACUUGGAGCAGAGUUUAGAUAUUAUCCCUGUCCAUUAUUCAGUUCAAGAAGCAGAUCAACAGUAUAUGGUGAAGUUGGACAUACAAUCAUGAAUCUGUUAGCAGUGGUAAAGAUUCUCAAUGCCACUGAUGAGCAUGUCAUGGCUCUUGGAGCCAACUUCAGCUUAGAAGCAGACUCACAUCUGGUCUGUAUGCAGAGUGAACAAGGCUAUAAAACUCAAGCCAUCAACAUACAGAAUCAAGCCAGGAAAGUAACUGGAGCAAGCUUUAUUGUCUUCAGUGGGGCGCUAAAGCCAAGCAGUCCGUUCAUGGCAAAAGUCAACAUUGUGGAAGAUGGCAUUAUGGUUCAAUUGACACCAGAAAUGAUUGAAAAGUUACGACAUUCUUUGAAAGAAAUGCAGGAUUAUUCAAUUACUACAGGGGUUCCAGGUGGGGCUGGUGAAGAACAAGUCAUUGUGGAAUGGGUCAGUCGUCAAAAUACUUCACAGCAAGCUAGCUUGAACAGUCCAAUAGAUGGUUUACAGCUAGGUUCUUUUCCAAGUGUCAAGGUUCACAGUGGAUGUGACUUCACACGCAAGAAUGUAUUUAGGAUACAAUGGACAGAGGUGUUCUUUUUAGGUGAAGGACAACAGAGUGCAUCACGGGACCUCAAUAAACUCACUGGAGAGCUGGCCAAGGCUUUUUGCCAGACACUCGUGCCACACUUGUCUAAAAUGAGCUCAGAUGGAUUCACCUUUGUUGGACUGAGAGUAAAUUUGGAUCCUGAUAAUGUUGGUUAUCUUGCGGGAAGCAAUCAGCAGCACCUCCCAGCUAAUGUUAUGGUGGAUCUUGACAAUGUUUUAGUUCCUGUGAUACAUGCUGCUGCAAAUCACCAAAGAAGGCAUUCGUUAAGUGCAGAGUUGUUGUUUAAAGUUUUGAGGCUGCUUUGACAGACAUCAGCAACAAUUCCUUUUUAGCCAUGUUGGUUACCUCAUGAACAAGAAGCAACCCAAAGACAGGAAGAGGUUGAAGGACCUUUUCAGAGUACUCAAGAAGAUUUGGCAGAAAAAGCAGAAAAUAAAUAUGAUAUCUGUAUUAAUGUUCGUUUCAAAUGUAAACUGGAUUUUCUUGGGCUGUGGAUUAAUUUAUUUGAGACACAGCAAGAGAUAUUGCUGAUUCAAACAACUUUUUAAUACUGUAACUUAAAGUGAAAUUAUAAAGUUUGUUCAAGCAUGAAUCUGAUGGAACAGGAUAUUCUUGUGUACAGUGUGCAAUAUAAGAUUAUCAGAAACUUCUCUUGUUCAUAUUUGGUUCUAUGCAUGGACUGAAAAGUAUAUAGCAAGAUUGGUGUAACACACUUGGCACAUGGUAAUCAUUUUAAAUUAUGGUAUUGAGGAAAUAUACUGUCUGGCACAAGGUAAACUAGUUGAUCUUUUAUUAUUUAUGAUAUCAGUUCCAUUAGCUCACCAAUAUGCCAGUUGAUAACAUGUAGUAAUUCUUGAAUUACAAACUGGUAUAAUUUAUUUGAUAAGUUAUUUUGAUUAUGAUGAUUUAAAAUGAUAACAUGCAGUAAUUCUUGAAGUAUAAACCUGGUGUAUUUGUG